AGGAUGAAAAGAUAAAGUAAUUGUGAGAGAUGGGAUAUAAUGGCCGACAAGAGCAUGCACACUUUCGAGGUGCGUCGUUCUGAGAGGGUUACAGACGUGCGCCAGGAGAUACGGCUUCAGCUCCAACACCGCAGUGCUCUAGACAGAGUGACGCCACCACCGGUUAUCUGGCAGGAGGUGUACGACGGUUUAAGAGAGCGUUAUGUCGGAGACUAGACAGCGUUGACAAUUAUCCCGUGUUCUGUAGCCGUCAGCGUUGUGAAGCACACGCGCCAAGACUGCUCCGACGACGACGCCUUUUAGACCAUCGCCACGGAACCUGUGUGCUGCGUUAGCGACACGGAUUCGAGAGCCUUUCUGCAGUUCAGUGUGGUCUACCC